CAGAAUCAUGGCUAUAUAAGAAGGGAUGGGAGCUGGAGUUAGCAGUACUACAACACUCUACUCAUUCACUCUUUGCAUAACUCUUUACCAUACACUAUCUUAUACUAUCAUACAUCAUGGCCGAAACACGCCUAUUCAAGCCGCUGAAAAUCGGCAACGUGGAAAUCAAACAUCGGAUCGCAAUGGCUCCACUGACUCGCUUCCGGGCAACCGACGACCGCAUUCCCACCCCUCUGAUGAAAGAAUACUACAGCCAGCGAGCGUCCACACCAGGCACGCUGAUCCUUAGCGAGGGCACCUUAAUCUCACCGUCGGCAUGCGGUGGUUUCGCCAACGCCCCUGGGAUCUGGAGUGAAGAGCACAUAGCGGGGUGGAAGACAAUCACCGACGAAAUCCACCGCAAAGGCUGUGCCAUCUUCUGCCAGAUCUUUGCAAUGGGCCGAGUUGCGAGUGUGGAAGGUGCCAUUAAGGAUGGGGUUGACAUUGUAGCGCCGAGUGCUAUUCCGAUAGAUGAGGAUGCUUCCGUGCCGCGGGCCAUGACUGUUGAAGAAAUCAAGCAAUCGGUUCGAGACUUUGCGGAUGCCGCGAGGAAUGCGAUUAGGGCUGGCUUUGACGGGGUGGAGGUUCACGGUGCGAAUGGCUAUCUGGCUGACCAGUUUAUCCAAGAUACUAGCAACCAUCGAGACGACGAGUAUGGCGGGAGUGUGGAGAACAGGUCUCGCUUUAUCAAUGAAGUCUUGCAGGCUGUUGUGGAUGCCGUCGGUGGAGAGCGUAUUGGGCUUCGUCUCAGCCCGUGGAGCUAUUUCCAGGGGAUGAGGAUGCAGAACCCAGUGCCUCAAUUCACCGACAUUAUCACCAAAUCCAGCGGCUUGAACCUAGCAUAUCUUCACUUGGUCGAGUCACGGAUACUUGGCUUCAAAGAUGCUGAAGGUGGCGAGUCGUUGGACUUUGCAUAUAAGCUGUGGGAUGGUCCGAUCCUUGUUGCAGGGGGCUAUAAGCCGUUGGAUGCACAGAAACUGGUUGAUCAAGAGUAUCCAGACAAGGACAUAGUGGUGGUCUUUGGAAGACAUUUCAUUUCGAAUCCGGAUCUGGUGUAUCGAGUCAGGGAGGGUCUAAAGUUCACUGCGUAUGACCGUGAGACUUUUUAUGUCUGCAACUCUCCAGUGGGUUAUACAGACUACCCAUUCAGCGAGGAAUACCUGGCAAGCGCAAACAAUACGUCCAUCUACUAGAACAGUG